AUGGCUGCUGUAGCUCAAGCUCCACCUAUAUUACCUUCAGCAUCACCUUCAGGCAGCAUAUCUCGCCCUUCUUCCUCUUCCGCAACGAUCAGACUGACAGAAUCGAAAAACCCAAACGUCAACGCAAACGCAGCCUCUUCCAAAUCUGAUAACGCAGAUAAACCAGUAGCCAAAGUGAUCAUAUCCGAAGCUACUCCAGUGGAAGAAAAGGGUGAAUUGAAAAAGGAGAACGGGGAUGGUAAGUCACCAUUUUACAAUUCUCCUCAAUGUUCCGCAUCUUAUCUCGGAUAG